AUGUGUGAAUCGAGUCUUUGUGUAUAUUGUGAACAAGAGACGGUGUUUUCCCGGUCUAAUUGGAAGUUCAACAAAACCAUAGCUUUCAGACACCAAUCGAUUCCAGAAAUCAAACGACAGGACUUUAAUGGAGUGGAAAAGAGGGACAAAUCGGGAUUAGUGGCUGAUCUGCAUAUAUUGGUUCAUAUGAUAGGAAUAGGGUCUCUACACGAGUCGAGUGGUGGUUACCUGCAUAAGAGGCACACCGACCACCUGAGCCCGACCAACAUCCCGGGCACCCGAGUCUAUCCAUACCCGGGCACCACUCAAGAGCCCGUCCGCAACUCAUACCAUCACUCGACCACCCAUUCGGCGCCCAUCUCUCAUCACUUGAGCUCAUUAUAUGGCAUCGGCGCCAAUAGCGGUCACUCGGCAGCCGCUGUGCCGCAAGUCUAUCGAGAGACCAAUUAUUCGGUCGAUAGACACGAGUUUUCGCCCAUAGAUAGGUAUAGAAACCGUAAUGAGACCAAUGAAUUACAUCACUCGAGUGGUGGCACUCACUCACACGUGCCGACCAGUAGUCACAGUCAGCCGCCUCUCGUACGAAGACGUCCAUCACUUCUGCCACACGUGCCGAACGAAUACAGUGUAUUGGGCGCUAACGCGGCCCUCAACUCAUCCUAUAUGAACCGAGAGAGGUAUGACUUAGCCUAUCGUUACGCAUCCUAUGAAAGCCAAACCAAGGGAUCAGGCCUUCAAUCGUCUCCAAUGUCUAUGACAUCCAAUACUGUGAGCCAACACACCGGUCCAUCGCCUUUACAUAUGGUUCACCAGGGAAUGCAUCUGCCUUUGGCUUAUCCCCAUCAGACACAAGCGAUUGUCUCGUCAGCACAUAUACCACAAUCGCAUACAAUGUCUAUAAUCCAAGACAUGACUGAUAUGAACGCCAAUAAGAGGCCGAGACUAGGAUUCGGUAACGACCAAAGGUCUUCACUCCAUCAGCCAUUACUUAUCGAUACCAGAGAUGUAGUGGAAGUAAAAAAGGAACCGGCGUAUACGCCACAAGUGGAGGCCAUAUCGCCGACACUACCCAAUGAUGAUAACCGGCAGGACUUGUCUCCAUUCAAGACAACAAAAGACGAGUUAUUGCAGAAUAUAAACAAAAUCGAUAGAGAAAUCAUGCAAACGGAAACACAACUCACGAAAUUACGUAAAAAACAGGAGCUAGAAUUGGUCACAAGUCAGCCGAGCGCUGAUAACCAAGAGCUUGAGGAGAGUUCGGGUCUGGAAUCACAGUUGAGUGUCGCACAAGUGAUAUAUUCAGACAAUAAAGCCAAAACACUCAAAACACACACACAAUUUGAUAAAUUGGGUCCCAUUAUUGAACUGCCCCUGUAUAACCAGCCCUCCGAUAGUCCCGUAUAUCAUGAAAAUAAACGCAAAUUUAUUAGUUUUAAGAAGAAAUUAAUUAUAUUUUUUAAGAAGAGAUAUCAAGAAAAACAAUUAAGAGAGCAUUACUUAACGGAUACAUACGAUAAGCUGAUGCUCUCGUGGCUCAAGAAAUUAGAGAAGAAGGAAACAAAUCCGCCUAAAAAGCAAAAGGACGUGAAAUUACGCGAAUAUUUUGAGAAACAAUUUCCCGAACUUAGGAAACAACGCGAAGACAAAGAAAGGUUUUCACGCGUUGGGCAACGCAUUAGAAGCGAUGCCGAACUCGAAGAGAUUAUGGAUGGCCUCCAGGAACAGGAGUUAGAGGAUAAGAAAAUGAGAAGUUAUGCAGUGAUUCCACCCAUUCUAAUGGAUUCGAGACAUAAAAGGCAUUGUUUUAUCAAUCGGAACGUCUCGACACCUGUAACGACCACAACCGCCACUACAGUUGCGGUCACUUCAGCGGUGAACACGAUUACGAGUACAACCAAUACGACUAGUUCUCCAGACAUGUCUAAAGUGUGUGAUUCAGCAAUUAGUGUGACGGAAGUGGCGCCCGAUGUGAAGCCGGACUCAAUAGUGAACGACAGUCCCAUAAAGUGUGAUAAUGUGAUAAAUAGUGUUAACAAUGCCAACAAUGAUGAGAAUAUAACACCCUGUGAUACCAUGUGUUGUCUCUGUCACACAAAAAUAGACAAUCCCUCGAAGUCAAGGCCUGUCACUCAAUCCAAUCUAAACGUGUAUAACAUAAGCGACGGUGCGUUCAAACAGGGAAUGCGUGUGUGUCUGGUCUGUCAUCACAAGAACGUGCGCCGCAAUUGUCCGCUGCCGUCGUGUAAGACUCCGCGUCGGAAAGUGAAACGAUUAAAGCCUUUCCCUCAACAGUGGUUUGAAUUAAGUGCCGAAAGUCGACAAACCUUUGCUAAUGAGCUCAAUAUUGCCGAUGAGGUGCGCACUGCGUGUCCGCGAUGUGUGAUGAGAGUGAGCCGACGUAUAGGUCUGAUCGCACCGUCCGAUCGGACAGACAUUAAUCAAAACAAUGAGUCUCCGACGAGUCGUCUUAGUUGUUGGACAGAGAGUGAGAUUGAGUUAUUGAAGCAAUCAAUUCGCGAAUUGGGUAGGAAUUGGUCGGCGAUCGCUAAUCAGAUCCGCACAAAGACUGACAGAGAAUGUCACGAUUUUUAUUCAAAAAAUAAAUAUUCUCAACAUUUAGACAAAAUUCUUAAAGAAUUUUUAGUAAAUUCGGGCAAAACAGUGAGAAAUGCCGACUCAGACUCCGAUGACUAUUGGAAUUGUAUGAGCGAAGGCGACAGCGAAGAGACUUCCAGCGCUGAAGAGGGCAAUGAUCGGUGCAAUAGCGAUACGGCCAGUGCCUCGAGUCCUAUCAGUAAGAUUCCCGACGAUAUUGACACCAAACUGUUGGCCGAGAAGACGGAUAACACCGUCUGUUCGACAACUAAUCAUAAUUUUCGCGAAGAUUUUACUAAACUUCAAGACUACAAAGUGUUGAGCGCAUCGCAAACGAGUCUUAAAAGUGAUUACGACAGCAGCGCCACAAUGAGCGCCGAUGAGGGACAGGGGAACGGAGACAACGACCGCCUGUCGUCCUCACCCGCUGUAAUACUGCCGCCAAGAGCUAACUCAGCGAUGCCGGCAUUCCCGCCGUCCAACAUAUACUUCCACAACCAGCCCAUCGAUAAACACGUCCGACCGGCCAGUCAUGACGCGGCCUUCGCCAUAGACAUGAUGAGGAAGUCUUCGCACUCGCCGUCCGUUUUGCGAACAACGGAAGCGCCGAGUAAUCUAAACACUAAUAUAAACCCUCUAAACCCUCGCCAAAAAGUACCCCCUUUUCUCAUUAACCCGAACGCACCCUCGACUCAGCCAUCAGUGAACCCGUCGCACGUCAAUACCGCGUCCAAUAAGGAAGAGCCCACUUGUGUCCGAGAUUUGAUAUAUCAGGCCAUAGAAAUGAGUCUUCAAACACCUAUUAAGACAAUGCGUCCCAAUUCACAGCAAAUGGUCAACAAUGAGAUCAAUAAAAUGGAUCCAAACGAUGCCAUCACAUCCUCUUUGUAUUCGUUGCCUAACAUUAAACGAGAAAAUUUAUUGGAUAUAUCGAAGAAUGAUAUGAAUAGAGAGAGUCCGUCGCGUAUUAUGUAUAAGAAUGCGGACAUUCAACGUCCUGAAGGGUUGGCAAUGAUGGCCUCGUAUUCCCAACAUUUGAGCCCAUCUUCAGGUCAUUCAACACAUCCAUACGUUAUGGUCGAACCCGACGAAUACGAAGUGCAAGACCUGAGCGCCAAAAAGGAGCGACGGAUUGAUAACUAUAGUCCACGAAAUUAUAGCCCAUCGAUGAAGGAUAAAAUGAUGGCUCAUCGCAAUGAAUACCCGUACGGCUUAAUACCGACCGCACAUUCCAACCCCAAUCGUGGCUCCACUCCAGUCACCGAACCUAAUGUUGACAUUAAAGACAAUUACAAUCUGAUGAAACACAUGGACUCUUCCGGGCGUCUAAUGAAUUCAAAUUAUCAGCAAAACGAGAGAAUCCAUUCGCAAGACAUGAAACACUCGAGAGCUUCUCCAUUGAGUCGUCCGCUAAAUAAAAUGCCGGUCACUAAAGGCAGUCCCGUUCCUCCGCCGCCCCCUUUGAUAACAUCCGGUAAACCAAAUCAAUCGUAUUCCCAAUUAUCGCCCAAACCGUACAGAGAAAAACUGGUUCCUGUGUCCACUGCCAGCGGUGGAUCCAUCACUCAGGGAACGCCUGGAAUACCACCAAAUAGUUAUGGUUACCCUCCCAAUCGAUAUGAAGGACUUUUGCGACAAAUCCCACCGACGGGUGUUCACAAAGAAGGCGGUUCCAUAACAUUGGGAACCCCUCUAAUGGGUGGCGCAACCAAUAUGCCUAUCGAUCACAGAAGGAAAGCCGAAUUAAUGGCCGCCGACUCCAAUAGGGCUCAAGCGAUGGCCCGCAAUAACCCGAUGUAUGAGCAAAAUAUGGAGCAAUACUAUCGCCGAUCGUCACCGCCGGGCACUCACUCUCAUCCCUAUUCACCAGCUUUUCAAACCUCAGACUUUGCAAAGAUGGCUAAACCAGUGUUUCAUAAAGAGGCACAACUCAGUACAAAUCAAAUUAUGAUUGAUUUCAAUACAUCCAAACAAAUGCUAACCAGACGUGGAAGCAAUUCAAGCGACAAAGAUAUUGUCGUCACCUCUGCUCCGAUUCACAGUCACACCCAUUCGGCUCCUAUGGACUCGCGUUCCACUCAUAGCAAUGAACACAAGAAUUCUUCGCAAAAUAGACAAACAAACUCUUAUCCGAAUUACAGUCAGAACACAUCCAAUUCUUCCUCUUCUGCCCCGAUAUAUCCCGAUCGAGUGCCUCAACGCGAAAGUCAACCACCAAUGAUGACCUCAUCUGACCCUCAUAUGAGCCACUGGUCGGUCAGGCAUUCAUCAAUGGGCGCUCAAAGUCCUAAUUAUAACCGUCAAAAUGUGAUACAGCAUUGGAACGCCUCUAACACUAAACAAUCUGUUAUACAAACACCAAAAUCUAGUUCCCCUCGAGAUUACAGAACCGAAGUGAUCAGUCCUGUGGCUAAUCCAGCGAUGAGAACAUCGGUGUCUCCUCAGGUGCCGAUGACGUCAUCGCUGUUUAGCCACCAACACGUGGACGCCUUCACAACUCUGGUCAAUGCGGCGGCCGCUCAACAAAGCCUCGCCGUUCCGUCGAUGGAACGACGGCCCGGUUCUGUCUCGCGAACCGAUCAAUUGAUCCGUUCGAGUAUCAAACCGAGUGCCGAAGGGUUGGAAAAGUCUUUGAUUGAGAACUUUCACGGAAGGCCUCCACGAAAUUAUUUAGAAAACGAUUUGAAUAAAUCAGACGACAAAAUGAGACAAUUGUCGCACGAAAAUGAUUACAAAAUGUUUCCGGGAAACCGACCGCCGAUUAACGACUACAUGUAUUUAGACCAACGAAGAAGAUAUGAGUUGGAUUUGGCAGACAUGGAGAGACACGGAUAUAACCGAUCGAUGGCCGAACAUCCGGGCCAUUCUGUAUCGCAACCGAGUCUUCGUUUCUCUCGCGAGCCGUUCACUAAAGAGCAGUUUGAGAAAGAGUUCGUACAGCAGACCAGCGAACCCAAUAGGGAUCCAGGAAUUCGACUUAAAACCGAAGACUUAGAGCCCACUCCUGAGAUGAGACACUCCCUACCAGUGGUCAGACCGCCGAUGACUGAAUUGGAUAACGAGGCGUCCAAACUAUUCUCCCAAUCAUUUCAAAAGGACAACCAAAAGGCGAACUCUUCUCGCGGACAGUUUACGGCCGCUAACUUAAUUGACGCCAUUAUCACCCAUCAGAUCAAUUCAUCCACUGAAGGAGCGAACGCCAAAAACAAUGGAAAUGUUGUCAAUAACACACCCGUUAGUGAAGCGCCGCCGACCGGAAUCGUCGACUCACUGUUUGCGAGAUAUAGAAAUUCAGAGAAACACAUCUCUUCUCAAUAUCCCAAUCGCGAGGAAGUGGUGACAAUAGCUGACAGUCCGUCGCCAGACAAAGGACACCAUUUGAAUGAGAAACUAAUGCCGGGAAUGAACGCUAUGAACGCUGGCGUCACACCAUCUGAUUAUUCCUCAAAAGGCAUUACAUUAGGCGAACACAUCGAUACACUUAUAUCCAAGAAUUAUACGAAUGACGGGCGAACUCAAGUCAAUCCACACCAACCAAUAGAUACUAGAAGUAGUCCAUCCGUUUACGGAAUGCCUUCAAUUUCUAUAGAACCGCCUCGAAGUUCGCUACUGCCUGUUGUGUCCACUUCGUCACCAGUUCUGGAGGGCAUCGCAGCGGCCGCCGUCUCCAACGCCCCCUCAGAUGCCAACAAUGCUGUCAAUCAUUCGCCGCCGCAUUCGAGUUGGAAACUCAGGAAAGCCUUACAACAGGACAAAGACGCCAAAGAGACAGAUGAGCGACAGAUCGUUCGUAUCGUACAAAAUGUCUCUCCAAAAGAGAAAUCAGUGUAUCCGUCGCCGACACCAAUCAAAUCAAUCUCUCCAGCGCUCAGCCAUUACAACGUUGAGCCCAUUUCGCCGCCGACCUCACACUCGACCGAUAAUAAUAGUCCGCAUUUGACGUCGACUUACAAUCCAAUGCAAACGACAUGGACGCCCACUACUGGUGUUCAGACGAGUUCAAUAUCCAGUCGUCAUUUCUAUACCGCCGACAGUUCUAACGUUUCUAAUUCGCCGAAUCUCUUGAAACCAAUGCAUCAAACGGUGUCCACUUCUAAUCAAUUGAAUGUCAACUCGAAUCGUGCGAAUCAACCGCAGAUCGGUUUGUCUCCAAUCAUUUCGGAUUACGUGAAGAACAGAAUUGUUGAGGUAAUGAAGAAUACAAGGGAUGAAAGUGUCGACGAUUCUGUUAAACGCGUUAAUAAUGAUAUGUAUUCACAACAACACGAGAAGAGAGCCAAAGAGGACAGUGAGCCCAAGCUAUCCAACGAUUCCAAUGAUAGAGUUGUGUCCAUUGAUUCCACAAUGAAUAUCAAUGAAACUAUUAGUCAUAUAAGCCGUGAAAUAUCGAAAUCUCCGGCAGUUAUUGACACUUCAAUACCAGUUUCCGCCGCCUCUUCAGCCCCGGAGUCGAUCUCUUCGUCGAAUUCUCAUAAUAUUGUCAGCAAUGAAAGCGAGUCAUCAGAAGGAACGCCAGCGAAACGUAUGAAAAUCUCGAGUGAACAGCAAUUGACUGAUUGUGGAAAAGUCGAAACCACUUCUGACACUAAAGCCGACGAUUCCAUGUCGUGCGACAAAACCGCAUCUUCGGACAGGGGAUCAAUUGAUUCCGAAUCAAUCAUUAGUCAAACAUCUACUCAAAUGCCCGUCAAUUCAAAUGAAACUCAAUCGACAGAAAACGAGCCGAAAGUUUCAUCCGAAAUGAUUAAUAAGCCGACGACUUGUGAACAGUCCAACUGUGAAGUGAGUUCUGCGCCGUCAGCUCACGACACGAAUGCCGGUAAACCGGAUCCGAAGCACAUAUACCCCGAUAGUCCCAAUUCUCCCGGAGAAAUGGUUAUCGACGAAUCCGAUCACAAUUUGUGCUCCUCUUCGCCGCCCAUCGAUAAAACCCACGGCGAGAGUCCGCCCACUUCUAACACCACAUCCACACAACAGAGUCUCAUAUCGACUACAGGUGUUGUGAAAAGCGAUUCGCCGAACGGCGCCACCAAUUCUUCGGCCAUCUGUUCGACGAGCACUUCUGGCGAUCAAAAUCAAAGCGAAUCAGUUUCGUCGUCAGUCAUUGAGACGAAAAGCAGAUUCGCCGAAGUGAGCGCUCCGACCAGUUCUGCUCCGUUUGCUGUCAAAGACUCGCCAGCUUUGGCAGCAUUGAUGACCAAUUCAGUAACGCCUCCACUCGUUGCCACCCAUUCUGACGCAUAUAAAGCGGUCAACACUGCGGCCAACAAUGUCUCGAGUUCUGCCCUUCCGAGCGCCGAAUCCAACACUAAUGCGGGCGACUCUACCACCAAAUGCUCGGCCAACACUUCCGGAGUUUCGUCUUCGAUUAGUACGAGUGGAGAAUCGGUGACCAAAAGUAGUUCCCAAAGCACUGGAAGCGCGUCGAUCCAGUCUUCGGCCAUCAGUGGCAGUGGGACGCCAUCGAGCACUACAACCAGCCAUCUCUUGGCCCCACAAUACGAGCCCCUUUCAGACGAUGAAUACGAUUCGCCGAACGGCGCCACCAAUUCUUCGGCCAUCUGUUCGACGAGCACUUCUGGCGAUCAAAAUCAAAGCGAAUCAGUUUCGUCGUCAGUCAUUGAGACGAAAAGCAGAUUCGCUGAAGUGAGCGCUCCGACCAGUUCUGCUCCGUUUGCUGUCAAAGACUCGCCAGCUUUGGCAGCAUUGAUGACCAAUUCAGUAACGCCUCCACUCGUUGCCACUCAUUCUGACGCAUACAAAGUGGUCAACACUGCGGCCAACAAUGUCUCGAGUUCUGCCCUUCCGAGCGCCGAAUCCAACACUAAUGCGGGCGACUCUACCACCAAAUGUUCGGCCAACACUUCCGGAGUUUCGUCUUCGAUUAGUACGAGUGGAGAAUCGGUGACCAAAAGUAGUUCUCAAAGCACUGGUAGCGCGUCGAUCCAGUCUUCGGCCAUCAGUGGCAGUGGGACGCCAUCGAGCACUACAACCAGCCAUCUCUUGGCCCCACAAUACGAGCCCCUUUCAGACGAUGAAUAG